CAUUUUCUUGAGAAAAGCUUGAACAUGAAUCAGAAAUAUGAAACAUGUAUACAUGUGGUAUAACUAGGACAGUUGUGGAUGGAUGUAAAUAAACCAGAGAAACCAUUAAAGAAACAUUCUGCAGCGGAAACUUCAAGUCUUUCUUCGGCUACAGAUAAUAAGAAUGAUGGAGGAAUACGACAGACUCGAACAAAGGAAGUUCGUUCUAGGAAACGUUUCCCUUCACCCAGCAUCAGCAAGGCAGUUAAUGCAAUAUCACAUUUGGUGCCUAAGAAAACUAAAUCAGCUGAUAGAAAGCGUUCAUCUACACCAUCAUCACCUAAAAGACCAUCAACCCCUGUACAGGAUACACUAAAUGAUAUAGAAUCAAGAAAAGAAACAGGAAUUCGAAUGCAGAAUCUCAGUGUUUCCAUACAAUCCGAUAACAUUCAUCCUCCCUUCAUUCAAAAGGAAAUGCCUGCUGCUCAAUUGCUUUCUGAUGAUGCUUUGAUGCCAUCAUCAAAUGUUACACUGGAAACACUUGUCACAGAGCCUACUCCAGAGAGGAAGAGCACUCUUGAAGGGAAGAGUUCCUCUGAUUGGUCUGAGAAUUCUAUACCAGUUGAUGGAUUGGAUGCUCGUCCAGUGGAUCAGCAUCGAUGGCCAAGCAGUACCGGUGGAAAGAUAUUGUCCAAAACUCUAGCUAGAACUGCCAAUAUUAUUAGUGACAAUGUGGUAAAACACUCAGGGUUAUCCUCCUUGCGAAGAACGUCUCUUCCUGAUGGAUUUGGAAAAGAUUUACAGAAAUCUGCUAGUGAUGAUGCGAGCCUAGUAUCAUUUGAGGACCUCGAGACCUUGGAACAUGAUGCACAUUCAGUUGGUGAUAACAUGCAUACAUCUUCUCAUUCGUCAAAACAAUCAAGAAUAGUGACUCCUGCAUCCCCAAAGAAGAUACCCUUUCUACCAUCAUCUUUCUCUAGAGGUCUGAGUCCAUCUCGGUCAAGGGUAUCAAAUGCUCCUCCUUCGAGAGGUGUUAGUCCAACUCCAAUUUUUUCCAAAGGUUUUAAUCCUAGUCCAAUUCUAUCUAGAGGUGUUAGUCCAACUCCAUUUCCUUCUAAAGGUAUUAGUUCCACUCAAAUUCCUUCAACAGGUGUUAGUUCAACCUUGAUUCCUUCUGGAGAUGUUAGUCCAACUCCAAUUCCUUCUAGAGAUGUUAAUCCCAGUCCAAUUCCAUCAAGAGGUGUUAGUCCAACUCCAUUUCCAUCUAGAAGUGUUAGUUCCACUCCAAUUCCUUUAAGAGGUGCUAGUUCCAUUCCAAUUUCUUCUAGAGAUGUUAGUCCAACUCCAAUUUCUUCAAGAGAUGUUAGUCCAACUCCAAUGCCUUCUAGAGGUGUUAGUCCAACUCCAAUGCCUUCUAGAGGUGUUAGUCCAACUCCAAUUCCAUCUAGAGGUGUUAGUCCAACUCCAAUGCCUUCUAGAGGUGUUAGUCCAACUCCAAUGCCUUCUAGAGGUCUUAGUUCAACUUCAAUUCUUUCCAAAAGUGUUAGUCCAAGUCCAAUUCUAUCCAGAGGUGUUAGUCCAACUCCAUUUCCUUCUAGAGGUGUUAUUCCAACUCCAUUUCCUUCUAGAGGUAAUAGUUCCACUCCAUUUCCUUCCAGAGGCGUUACAUCCACUCUAAUUCCUGUCAAAGAUAUUAGUCCGGCUCCAAUACCUUCCACAGAUGUCAGUCCAACUCCAAUUCCUUCCAUAGGUGUUAUAUCUAUUCCAAUUCCUUCCAAAGAUGUUGGUCCAACUCCAAUACCUUCCACAGAUGUCAGUCCAACUCCAAUUCCUUCCAUAGGUGUUAUAUCUAAUCCAAUUCCUUCCAAAGAUGUUAGUCCAACUCCAAUACCUUCCACAUGUGUUACCUCCACUCCAAUUCCUUCCAUAGGUGUUUCAUCCACUCCAAUUCCUUCCAAAGAUGUUAGUCCGACUCCAAUGCCUUCCGUGUGUGUUACCUCCACUCCAAUUCCUUCCAUAGGUGUUUCAUCCACUCUAAGUCCUUCCAAAGAUGUUAGUCCAACUCCAAUUCCUUCCAGAGAUGUAAGUCCCACUCCAAUUCCUUCCAGAGAUGUAAGUCCCACUCCAAUUCCUUCCAAAGAUAUUAGUUCAACUCCAAUUCUUUCCAAAGAUGUUAGUCACACUCCAAUUUUAAGAGGUGUUAGUUCCACUACAAUUCCUUCCCGAGGUGUUAGCCCAACUCCAGUUCCUUCUAUAGAUAGUCCAACUCCAAUUUCUUCAAGAGAUGUUAGUCCAACUCCAAAUUCUUCCAGAGAUGUAAGUCCCACUCCAAUUUCUUUCAAAGAUGUUAGUCCAACUCCAAUUCCUUCCAGAGAUGUAAGUCCCACUUCAAUUCCUUUCAAAGAUGUUAGUCCAACACCAAUUCCUUCCAGAGAUGUAAGUCCAACUCCAAUUCCUUCCAGAGAUGUAAGUCCCACUCCAAUUCCUUCCAAAGAUAUUAGUUCAACUCCAAUUCUUUCCAAAGAUGUUAGUCACACUCCAAUUUCUUUAGGUGUUAGUUCCACUACAAUUCCUUCCCGAGGUGUUAGCCCAACUCCAGUUCCUUCUAUAGAUAGUCCAACUCCAAUUUCUUCAAGAGAUGUUAGUCCAACUCCAAUUCCUUCCCGAGGUGUUAGCCCAACUCCAGUUCCUUCUAUAGAUAGUCCAACUCCAAUUUCUUCAAGAGAUGUUAGUCCAACUCCAAUUCCUUCUAGUGAUGUUAGUCCAACUCCAAUUCCUUCCAGAACUGUUAGUCCCACUCCCAUUCCUUCGAGAGGUGUUAGUCCAACUCCAAUUCUUUCUAGUAGUGUUAGUUCCUCUCCAAUUCCUUCCAUGAAUGUUAGUCCCACUCCUAUUCCUUCCAUAGAUGUUAGUCUAACUCUCAUUCCUUCUAGAACUGUUAGUCCAGAUCCAAUUCCUUCUAGUGGUGUUAUUCCAAGUCCAAUUCCUAUCAGAGGUGUUAGUCCUACUUCAACUCUUUCUACAGAUGUUAGUCUCACUUCAAUUCCUUCCAUAGAUGUUAGUCCAACUCUCAUUCCUUCUAGAGGUGUUAGUCCCACUCCAAUUCCUUCCAUAGAUGUUAGUUCAACUCUCAUUCCUUCUAGAAGUGUUAGUCCCCCUCCAAUUCCUUCUAGAAGUGUUAGUCCCACUCCAAUUCCUAUCAGUGGUGUUAGUCCAACUCCAAUUCCUUUUACAGGGGUUAGUCCAACUCCGAUUUCUAGUAGUAGCGUUAGUUCAUCUAGUUCAACAAUACAAGAAUCCACUAGUUCAACAGAAUUUGUACUCAACUUCAUUGGUGACAAUAGAGAAGGUAAAGACAUCUAUAAGCACAUAGAAGAUGUACAUCAGCUUCAGUUACUGUACAAUCAACAUUUGCAAUGGCGAUAUGUCAAUGCCCAGUCUGAUGCUGUUCUGCAGAGACAAAAAACUGAAGUAGAGAAAUCCUUGUGCGAUGUGUCGAAUGCAACAAUAGAAUUGAGGGAUCUGGCGAUCGAGAAGAGGACUGAUCUCCAUCAACUAAAGAUGAAGUUGAAGUGGCACUCUGUUUUGAAAGAACAGAUUGUGUUUCUUGAUGACUGGGCUUCAAUUGAGGGAGAUCUUUCUACCUUAUCUUGGGCAAUUGAAGAUCUUGAAUCGCGUACUCUUCGUGUUCCCCUUACUGCAGGGGCUAGAGGGGAAAUUGAAACUGUCAAUGCAGCCAUUUGUUCUGCUCUUCAUGUUAUCGAGUUGAUGGGAUCGGCCAUUAAUGCAAAUCUGUCUAGGGUGCAUGGAUUGAGCUCUAUGGUUGCAGAAAUGGCUCAUAUGGCUAUACAGGAAAGACUCAUGCUUGAUGAAUGUGGGUCACUACUCACUUCAGUUGCAGCUAUGCAGGUACAAGAAUAUAGCCUUAGAGGUCAUCUUAUACAAUUGAAAGAAGCAUUAAAGCCAAGGUAUCAUAUUCGACAUCUUGAGUUAAGGAGUAAGUGAUUUUUUUAUUAUCUAACCUCAAUAUUAACUAUUUCAUUAACUAGUUUUUAUAUAUUAUGUAUUAUUUUUAUAGUGGACAUAUGACUUUCAUAUUUGUUG